AAAAUAUCUCAACUUCUCCAAAACAUCUCAACAUUUUGUCAUCAGAUUCCAACUGGAGUCUAAGGUUAUGAACGUUUCUCAGUGAUUGACAGCUGGCAUCCUUGUAACGUCUCUUUUGACGAUCCAAAGGUUUCAGUCUUCCAGCCGGGAGGCGGCGAGUCAGGCCAGCGAGUCACCGUUCCCAGCUCGUAAGUUCGACUCGCCUAUCAAAUCAAACCCCCCUCCGCCUCUUCUCUCUCUCUCUCUCUCUCUCUUCAUGGCUUCCUCUCCUCGGUCCUCCUCCUCUCGCGGCCACCGUGGAAGGAGAUCCGACAUCUACUCCACCGUCGUCAUCCAUGGCGACGGAUCCGACAACGAGGACGGCUCGCCGCCGCAGGACGAGGAGGAGGAGGACGCCUCCUCCCUCCCUCCCCUCCUCCAGCGCGUACCCAAGGACUUCGGCGCCGCCGUUGACGACGACGAGGAGGACGAGGAUUCGGGUCUAGGGUUCUCCGGCACCGUCAUCGUCAGGCGCGACGCCCGCCCCUCCCCCUCCCCCACCGCCCGCCGGCCUCUCCGCUCCCCUUUCCUGGAUCUCCAGCGUGCCAGCCCCCGGAGCCGGUCCGAGACCGAUGACCCCUACUCUACUUUCUUGAUCCGGUCCACCGUGAGGGCAGGAAGCCCGAGGGAGUCCGUGUCGGGGACCGUCGUCCGGAGGAACGUCGGUAGCGGCGGAGGGGGGUUCGGGUCGCCGUUCAUGAGCGGGGUGGUGGAGAGCAUGAGGGCGGGGGAGCCGGGAGGGUUCGGCCAGUUCCAGGGGGAGGAGUGGAGGCAGCAGCCGCAGCAGGCGAGAAGGAAGGCAUCGGUGAGUUCCGUCCCUGAUAGCGUCGCCAAGGAGGAUCCAUCCACAAAGUAUGAACUACUUCACGAGCUCGGAAAGGGUUCAUAUGGUGCAGUCUAUAAAGCUAGAGAUUUGAAGACUUCAGAGCUUGUUGCUGUCAAAGUCAUAUCACUGACUGAAGGGGAAGAGGGAUAUGAAGAAAUCCGGGGAGAAAUUGAGAUGUUGCAGCAGUGUAGUCAUCCCAAUGUCGUUCGCUACUUUGGAAGCUAUCAAGGAGAGGAGUACCUUUGGAUAGUGAUGGAGUAUUGUGGUGGUGGAAGUGUUGCUGACUUGAUGAACGUCAUUGAGGAGCCUUUAGAUGAAUCCCAGAUAGCAUACAUUUGUAGAGAAGCGUUGAAGGGUCUUUCUUAUUUGCACUCAAUUUUUAAAGUCCACAGAGAUAUUAAAGGUGGAAAUAUUUUGCUUACUGAGCAGGGAGAGGUAAAGUUGGGCGAUUUUGGAGUUGCUGCUCAGCUGACUAGGACCAUGUCAAAGCGUAACACGUUUAUUGGAACUCCUCAUUGGAUGGCUCCAGAAGUUAUACAAUAUAGCCGCUAUGAUGGAAAGGUAGAUGUGUGGGCUCUUGGUGUUUCAGCAAUUGAGAUGGCAGAGGGACUACCCCCAAGAGCCACUGUGCAUCCUAUGAGAGUGCUAUUUAUGAUAUCUAGUGAACCUGCUCCGAUGCUUGAGGAUAAAGAGAAGUGGUCUCUUCUUUUCCAUGAUUUUAUUGCCAAAUGCUUGACAAAAGAUCCCCGAGUUCGUCCUGGUGCAACUGAGAUGCUGAAGCACAAGUUUAUUGAGAAAUGUAAUUGGGGAGCUUCGAAGAUGUUACCAAAGAUCAAAAAAGCAAGGCAAAUAAGAGCUGCGAUGGCUGCACAACCACAAAAUCAGCUCCCAGCAACUGAUAGUGCAGCUCAAGGGGGAACUGCAUGUGUUAAUGAAAACUAUGGAGACACUAUUCCUUCCAAACCUCAGAAAUUUCUAAUUCGUGAAACACAAAGUCGAGUUCAUGAAGAUGCUGAUAUAGGUGAGUUUAGUACGGUUGUAGUACACCCUGAAACUGGAAUAAAUGAUGAAGUUGUUGAAUCACCUGUCUCCAAGAUAACGGACUUCAUACCUGGCCUCGGUCAUAUCAGUUCUUUCACACAUGAUCCACGGAGAGACGAGCUCACCGAUCUUUGGGUGGAGAAUGCAACUGGUACUGUCAUCAGUAAACAACCAGAUGUAGAACAAAAGCCUGAUACCGAGACAAUCCAGGCAUCAGUGCCAUCUUCAUUUGAAUUAAUGGAGAAAUCAAACUCAGAUAGCAUGCUGCAGAAACAGCGCGAAGACGGCACUAAAGCUGGUGCUGGAAGUGGUCCUAACAGCACAUUAAGGAGUGCUACUAUUAGCCAUAAAGCCUUUUCAGUGCAAGAUAAGGUCCGGUCUAUUUAUGCUGCGGGCAAUACAAUACCCAUACCAUUCCUGAGGGCAAUUGACAUUUCUCCUCUAGCUCUGGUGUCAGAUGUUGUACCUGGGGAUAUAGCGCCAGGAUCAAGUGGCAAUGCUGCUUUAGAAGCAGUUAAGGAGCUUUUCAGUGGUGAUGGACAGACAAAGAAAGGAAGAAAAGGGGCAAAUGAGGUGCUGCUUCCUCCAGGAGUACAUCAAAGAUUGAUGUCAAGUCCAACACUGAUGAAUCUAGCUCAGGCUCUAGCUUACCAUAAAACGUGCUAUCAGGAUAUGCCUCUCCAAGAGCUACAAGCAGCCCAAGAGCAGCAGACCAUUCAAAACCUUUGUGACACACUUCGAACCAUACUGCGCUUGUAGUUACUUGGUUUGGUGAGGCAAGUAACUCAAUAAUUUAGAGGUCGUACGCUUGUAUUUGAAUCAGAGAUGGUCACUUACAAUUCCUAGAUGUUUCCUAUUUACAAGUUCAGUGUUUCAAAAAAUGUGUUGUUUAAAACAAGCUGCAUUGAUGUGGUAAGUUUUUGCCUUUGGCAUAGUUAUAAUUUACAAAGUGCAUGUAACAAGCUGCUGUAUUAAAGUGGCAGAUGCAAGUUUAUAUUGCUAAUGGAACAGGCUAUAAUUUGGUUUAUAUAUCAGAUGCAGCAUUCUCUUUU